AUGGCUGUUCUGUGGCUGCUGCUGCUAGUGGGGUUGUCCAUUUUCUUGCUGGGUGUCUUUAUAUGGGCUGUGGUAAAGCAUUUUCUUACAGCAGAAAUUUCUUCCUCUUUACAGCAUCCAGUCAAAUUAAGGUUAAUGCAAUGUGUGGUGCUCUUCACGAUUGCCUUGGGUAAUAUAUUACAGAAACUGAGAAUCUGCUCUAUGCCCAGCUUCAUUAAGUUUCUUCAUGAUUUAAGGGGCAGAAAGAAGGACCCUACAUUAGUGGUGACCAACAUGCAUUUUGGGACAAUCCCUGUGAGACUGUUCCAGCCCAAGGCAGUGUCUUCCAACCUCCGGAGAGGCAUCAUCUUCUUCCAUGGAGGGGGUGCCCUUUUUGGUAGCCUGAACCUUUACCAUCGCUUGUGCAGUUUCCUGGCCCGGGAGACAGACUCGGUAUUGCUUUCAGUGGGGUACCGUAAGCUUCCGGACCACCAUCAUCCUGUUAUUCACCUUGAUUGCCUUAAUGCUUCCAUUCACUUCCUGAAGAACCUUCAAACCUAUGGGGUAGACCCCUCCCGGGUGGUUAUGGCUGGAGAGAGUGUUGGAGGUUGGGCUGUGGCCACUGUCACUCAGGCUUUGGCCUGUCAAGACAAGCUUCCCCAGAUCAGGGCUCAAGUCCUGAUUACUCCAAUUUUGCAAGGCGUUAACUUCCAGUUACCAUCACAAUUGCAGAAACGCAAUGUUCCAUUGCUUACGAGAGACUUAAUGAUUACAUUUUUUUGUAGAUACCUAAACAUUGAUCUCUCUUGGAAAAAUGCCAUACUGACAGGAGCUUGUGUGCCCCCAGACAUGUGGAAAAAGUACAGCAAGUGGCUUAGCUCUGACAACAUUCCCCAAAGGUUUAAGGGCAAAGAUUUUAGUCCCGAGUUUCUAGGACCUUUCAAUGAGACUGCCUAUCUGGAAACCAAGCAUGUUUUGGAUGAAAAGAUUUCACCUCUCCUAGCAGAUGACAAGAUCAUUGCUCAACUUCCAGACACAUUUCUAUUGAGCUGUGAGCAUGAUAUUCUCCGGGAUGAUACCUUACUCUACAAGAAGCGCUUGGAAGACCAGGGGGUCCCUGUGACCUGGCACCAUGUGGAAGAUGGCUUUCACGGAUGUAUUAUUUUUUUUGAUAACCAGUUUUUCUCUUUCCCCUGCUCCAUGAAUGCUUUAAAUCCUACCAUCAGUUAUAUUAAGGGUAUAUGAUGGUAACUGUGAUCCUUGAAUGAAAUAAAGGAAGAAUGGUUUGUACCUGACUCUUUGAUUA